AUGGCAACAACACCUCAACAACAAUUUACCAACAACACCAACACGACAUCCAUAUUUUCCCUAAGCAAUAACCAACAACAGCAACAACCACUCCACAAUCAGCAGCAACAAUUCCACAGCAGCACAAAUCACAACAACAUGCAAAUAAUGAAUCAUGUGAAUGAAAACUCCAACAAUGGCAACAAACCAACAACUCCUCAAACCAUUUUCAAUCAUAAUGCAAUGAAUGGUGUUUCGUCUGUUGUUACUCCUCCUCAACAACAACAACAACAACACCAUACAGUUUUGCAACAUCGAGUGAUUAACAUGUCAUCCAACACAACCAAUAAUUCCACUCAACAACAAACUCCUGUUAUCUUUACUGGUGGUGGCAAGGGAAGUAACAUGUUGCUGAAUGCAAAUACCUUGAAUCAACAACCAGGUACAAACCUGAUUCAAAACAUUCAAUCGUCAUCAUCUUCUACACAACUCAUGAAGGAAGAAUCUAUGGAAGAAUUAUUGGUUGAAGGAUUGGAAAGAUAUAAAACAUUUGGUGACUUACUCAAACAACAACAGCUACCAAAUAAUAAUCAGAGAAUGAAUGUGGUGAUGAAUCAAUUAGUUUCGAAUAUUGACAUGCACAAUCUUCAACAAGAUGUUGCUAAACAACAAACAAAUUCUCCAAUUGUGGAUGUGGAUUCGAUUGUUUAUUCAUUAACUAAUCAUUUACAAUCUUCGAAUAUUGGUUUGGUCAAUCCUCAACAAUUUCAAUCCUCCUCACCAAAUGCUUCCCACCAAUCAUUAAUGAAUCAAAACAUUCCUGCAACCACCAUUACCACUUCUUCCUCCGUUUUGAAAGCAAAUAAUUCCCAACUUUCGAAUAAUAUUGCAUCCAAUUCUUCAACUUUUUCUAACGUGAUUAAUCUUUCCAACUUUAAUGACAACAAUUCAUCACAAUUCAUUUCUAACAAUUCAAAUGAAAGCUCCAGUGCUUCUUCUACCACAAACUUUCUUAGUUUAUUAACAUCCAAUACAGUUUCGAAUAGCAAUAAUACUAUUGUAAACUCCUCAAAUACAAUUCAACAACAACCUCAACCUUCAACUUCAACAAGUGAAAUGCCAGCCCCUAAAAAGAGAAAAUCAAAAGAUAACACAAAUAAGGAAACCAAAAGAAAGAAGAAUGAUGUUCCAUAUUCUUCCAUUCUUUCUUUUCAAUCAGGAAAUUCAAAGGCGAAAAAAGGAGUUCAAUUUCAUAAUUAUGAUCCAAACCAAGAUUAUCAAACAGAGAAUUAACAAUUUUUGAGAUUAAAAUCAGGUAUAAAACUUGAUUUUGGGAAUUCAAACUAAAGUUUCUUUUUGAUUAAAUUAUUCGAAACGUUUCUUUCAGACAAAAUUGAUCACAUUGUAACAAUACAAAUGAUUACAAAUGAUAGUG